AUGAAUCUCUUCAAUACUUCCUUGAUGACGAAUUACGCCCAGGCCAAGCCAGGGCCCAUCAACUUCCUCCCGGCCAUCACCUCCCUGGAAUCGAGCUACAAGGACCGCUUUCCACAUCGCAACCUGACCCACACGUUGAGCCUGCCCUGGAGGCCCAACACCUACUACCGCGUGGCCUCCGACUUCCCGACCCUGGGCGCCUACUGUGCCCGGGCGCAGCGGGUGGGCGAGAGCACCGCGUUGCCCUUCGUGUCCAACAGAACCACGCUCUUCACCAAGUACACACAUGACGACUGGUACAAGUCCAGCUACGCCAGCUUCCAGGAAUCCAACACAUUCAGACACAACUCUGAGAAGCUCCGAGUGGACACUUCCCGCCUCAUUCAGGAAAAGUACCAGCAGAUCCGGAAAACCCAGGUGGACACCACCCAGAACCUGGGGGAACGAGUCAACGACAUCGCCUUUUGGAAGUCUGAAAUCAUCAAUGAGCUGGAUGAGAUGAUCGCAGAGACCAAUGCCCUGACCGACAUAAGGAGACGGCUGGAGAGGACAUUAUCCGAGACAGAAGCCCCUCUGCAGGUCACCCGAGAAUGUCUAUUUCAUCGAGAGAAGAGAAUGGGAGUUGAUCUAGUUCAUGAUGAUGUUGAAAGAGAAUUGUUGACAGAACUUGAUACUAUUCUGUGCUGCCAAGAGAGAAUGAAGUUGCACUUGGAUAAAGCUAUUGCUCAACUUGCCUCUAACAGAGGAGCCCAGCAUGAGCUGGAGAAGGACCUGAGUGACAAACAGACAGCCUAUAGGAUAGAUGACAAAUGCCACCACCUGCGCAACACUUCAGAAGGCAUCGCCUUCUUCCGAGGGGUGGAGAACAUCGAUGCCACGAUCUCCGUGCCUGAGUCAUGGGCCAAAUUUACGGAUGACAACAUUCUCCGCUCCCAGAAUGAGCGGGCAGCCUCUGCCAAGAUGAGAGAAGAGACAGAAACCUUGCUGACUGUGACCACCAACGAGAUGUGGAAUCAGUUCAAUAAGGUGAACUGGUCCUUCACCAAGCGCAUUGCUGAGAUCGGAGAAGCUAAGAGCAAGAUUCAGGUCCACUUAGCAAAGAUUCUGCAGGAGAUCUUCCAGACAGAAAUGACCAUUGAGUCCAUUAAGAAGGCCAUCAAGGAGAAGUCGGCCUUCCUGAAGGUGGCCCACACCAGGCUGGACGAGCGGACCAGGAGACCCAACAUAGAGCUGUGCCGAGACAUGGCUCAACUACGCCUUGUUAACGAGGUCUACGAGGUGCAUGACACCAUCCAGACCUUGCAGCAGCGCCUGCGGGAGGCAGAAGACAGCCUGCAGGCACUGGUCCACACCAAAGCCACCCUGGAGCACGACCUGGCCGUCAAGGCCAACACGCUGUACAUUGACCAGGACAAAUGCAUGAGCAUGCGCAGGAGCUUCCCCAGCACCCUUCGGCUGGUCGGCUUCUGCUAG